AUCAAGUCGCGUCAACGUGCGACGUACAACUCCCCCCUCGCACCGCUUGACAUCUCAUAACAUUGCGCUCACCGCGGAAGGAUCCACCUGUCUGACGGCUCUGUCCGCCGAGCGGAGCGCAGACAUGGCUUCCCACGAGAGUCUGAACGAGUUGGGAAGCAGUUCGUCGGAGGAGGACAGUAACCGAGCGGACAUGUUCGACGGGUCGGGCGAAGAGAAGCCGUUCCCCGCGGUGAGGCUGCAUCACCCGUUCAGCGUAGAGGCGCUCAUGGCCGGGAGGAAAACGGACACCCGCCGGUCUACCUGCCUUAAACCGAAGGAAGACUUGAUGGCAGUGACGUCUGCGUGUUUCAACUCUCUGUAUCUCUGCCGGGAGACGAGCAGCCCCCCAGGGGGGAGCCAGAGAGGCUUAACGGAGGAGCCCUCGUCGCCGGUAAAGUCGGAGGCGUCGGAGUCAGAGGAGUGCGCAUCCUGGGUCAGAGCUAGUCCGUUUUCAACGCAACUUGGCCCCGUCAAUCCAGGCUGCCAGCUGAGGAAGCACAAGACCAACAGAAAGCCCCGCACGCCAUUCACCACAUCCCAGCUUCUGGCUCUGGAGAGGAAGUUCAGGCAGAAGCAGUACCUGUCCAUCGCUGAGCGCGCCGAGUUCUCCUCUUCCCUCACCCUGACAGAGACCCAAGUGAAGAUCUGGUUCCAGAACCGCAGAGCAAAAGCCAAGCGGCUCCAGGAGGCCGAGCUGGAGAAACUCAAGAUAGUCAGUGACGCCAAGUCAGCUGCAGCGGUGGCGGCGGCGGCAGCAGCCACGGCUGCUGGAGCUUUACACCCUGGCUUUACGUUACCUCUGACGCUGGGUGCCAUGUCGCUAUACGGACAGUCGUACUCUCCAUAUCACCAUCAUCACAGACCACUACUGCCCAUAUCACACCUCGGACUAUAUGCUGCUCCUCUGGGAUACAGCAUGUACCACUUGUCUUAAAACAAAAAAAACAAAAAAAAGGAACAAUUUUGUUGUGUUUCUAUGCAUUUCAACAAAACGGACAUACAAGUGUACUUGACAAAACAGAAAACUGUAUUUAUAUAUCUUCUGCACAGGAGGUGCAACUUUGGGAGCACUUCUUCAAAUUAUAUUAAGUGUAUUUUAUUUCUGUCCCUGGAGGGAGGACAGAAAAACCAAAAAUGUCCUCUUGUGGUUCCCUGGACUGCUGGUUUACACAACUUUGCAUGUUACUGUCCAGCUGUUUGUACUUUUCACGUGUUUACAUCUGCAAUAACGAAGCAGGGCGAGCAAACACAAGACGCCAAGGGUUGUGUUAAACCUGGACGCUCAUCGGACACAAGAAGGGCCUUGUUGUCUUCGAUAGAUAUUUGAAUUACUCAGGCCAGAUGAGACUUUUUUGUUUUUUCCAAACAGUUGCCUUAAAAACAACAAAACCUGUCAAACUCAGGUUUUAAUUUAAAAUACUUGAAGUUCAUAUUUGAAUAAUUAUAAGAAAAAAAAACAUACUAAAUAAAAAGCAUUUUUGUAGGUCUUGAAACUUUUUUCUCUUUAAAACUUUUUUUAAUAAGAGGAAUGUACGAACAUAUGUUGUAUAUCUGUUUUAGGUACCAAAUUUGAGAACAAAUGUUAGUUUUUAAUCCGUCGCCAUGAUAAAACUGGAAGGGGCUAUUUCCUACUAUGCAGUCUGCUUUCCCCCACGUAUGUUUUAUCAUUUGAAAUCUGUUCAGACUCAUUUAAACCCACUUUGUUUAUAUGCAAAGAAUAAAGUUGCAAAACAUCAGCAUGGGGGGGACCUUUAUUAUUAUUUUUCUGUUAGUUUGAAAUGUUGCUUCUUUUAAAAAUCACACUAGGGAGAAAGCGGGAUGCACUUCAGUGUGCAGCCGUGUUAUUGUGUUUAAUUCCACGUCUGUGUUUCCCCAUCAGACGGCGGUCAGUUAAAGGCGGUGUUUGACAAACCAUAAAUGAUACCCAUAAAUCAUCCAGCUUUGCAGAUUGGUUCCCGUCAUCACCCAGCUAUCAUCCACAGCAGUUAAACACUCAUUUUCUGUCUCUGCAAGAUGAAAAGAGACCUCAGAUUGUUCCAUUCUUUUAAAGAAAAGCAGCGUUUUGACUCCGCCGGUUGUCAUUUGGGUCUGGAAUCAUUGGCGAGAGGCCUCGUUAGAUUAUGUGGGUUGCAAGUUUUAACAGCAAUCUGCAACUAUUGUCUCCAAUUUUAAAAGUGAGAAACAUAUUGCAUUCAUGUAUUUUUUUUAGUGGAAAUAAUCUAUUAGUAAUUUAUUUUUGCAUGUGUUGAUCAAAAUAUUCAUUCACAUAAAACACCAGCACUAUAGUAAGCAACUCUGAUAUCAGGAACUCUAUAAAUGACCAUUUGUUUUGAAAUAGUAAAUUCAAGCUCAGCCGAUCAGCUUAGGGGGGCUUCUGAUGGUGUGUGGUGCCUGUGUUUAGUUAGAUUUAUAAAAGCAGCUUACAACUUCCGUGUGACUUUGAUGUAAUGAGGAAAUCGUUUAAAAGGCAGAGGCGUAUUUAUGAGGUUCCUCUUUUAAUCAGAACAAGGCGCAGGCCCCAGACAGAACUGCUGGGCAAAGCAGGAGGCGUAAACAGGCGAACAAUCAGCCUAAUGAAGUGCAGAUUGGCAGAGGUGACUGGGAAGCUCUUGUCAAACACGAAGUGAGCAACACUUGAUAAAGAGCUGUUUGGCUUCAGCUGUGGAGGAUUUGUCUAAUAGAUCACUGCGUGUAAAGCAGUCAUUAUUUAUUGCCUCUCUUUUUUUUUUUGGUCAUUGGCAGUUUUUCUUUCUCAUCCUGCUGCAAUCGGCCAUGUUUGUGGUUUUGUUUGUUACUUUAAAGGCAACAUGUGGCUCGGCACCCUGUUAGCCUUAAGUCAUGUGCUUGUCUCCAACAUCCCCUGGUGGAGGAAGGGCAUAUUGCACUCUAAGGAAUGAAGCCUAAGAAAAACAGCUGAUGAUGUAGAAAAGCUAAUCCCCCCCCCCCCCCCCUUUGUACUUCAUAUUAGGUACAAAAUAACCAGUUAAUUUUGGGAGACACUUAACAUAUGCUAUAUUGUUUCAAAAGCAUUUUUAAAGAAGCCUUGCAACUUAUUAACAAAUAUAGCGUUGAUGGGUGCAUUAAUUAUAACUCCAGACUCAUUUAGAACCAUUAAUUCAAGAUCUGUACUUUUACAAGCAUCAUUGUAAAUUUGUGCAAAUUGCAUUACAUAGUUUUUUAAAAAGCAUGCUCUUAUAAAUAAAUGCAGUGACAAUAAAUGUUUUAUUUUAUUUUUUAGAUUCAGAGAGCUCUAGAAACUGCAGCAUACCCAGCCAUAGUUCUGGACUUCAACACUAGAGGGAGUGACAAGUUAACCUUGAAAAGGGUUGGCUGUAGAGAAAAAAGAUCUUCCAUACUUUUGGGCUAAUUUACUAUGUUUGCAUUACAGCAUUUAGUCUACAAGAAUUUAAUGUAUAGUAUCUGGGCCCCUUUGUUGCUACUCAUUGGGAGAAAAAUGCUUUUGGUUUUUGCCACAUGACAAGGAAGCAUUUCAACAUACCUGUUUAUUGUGGAUUCAAAGGAGAUCCUGGUCAAGUGUCACUUCAGGGUCCUUCUCUGUUGCUCUCAUAGCUACAGCGAGGCAAAAAAAAAAA